UAGUGUAUAUAUUUAGUGCGCUGGUGAGUGUGUGUGGAAUAAUCUCGAAUGUGACGUCAGUGUUAAUACACAUAAGCCAUAUAACCAUAUAGUAGUUGGUUAAAGUCUGAGUCUGAGGAACGGAGAUCCAGAGGGAGCGAGAGAGAAAGAGAGAGAGGGUGCCGACGCAAAGGUGCCUGCGCAGAGGAAUUUAAUUUGAGGAGGUGGUCGAGGCAUCCGCCGUCGUCGUCGUUGUCGUCCUCGUCAUCCUCAUCCUCGUAUCUUACACCAAUUUAUUAUUAUUAUUGAUAUUAUUAUUGUUAUUAUUAUUAUUAUUAUUAUAUUUUAUUAAUAUCAGGACAUCACGGAUUAUAGAUCAGGAUAACUCGCGAGACCAAACGAGAGAGAUUAUUUUAUGUCUGAUAAUAAGACAAACACCAUCAUGGGUGCUCAUAAGUAUUAAUAUAUAUAUAUACAUAUACAUAUAUAUAUAUAUACAUACAUAAUAUAUGCGUAUUGCAUUACAAGUGACAGUUUAAUGUAAAUUACUAUUUUUUUUUUUUAAGUAAGUACACAAAAUAAUUUGAAUAUAAAUAAUUAUUUUUUACAUACUGAUAGACCAGUGGAUUAAUUAAAAUAAUUGUUGUGAUUAUUUAGUAGACGAGUUUUAAAAUAGGACACACACGAGUUAAAAGUAUAGAUAUUAAGUAUAAGCAAGAUUGUUAUAGCCAGUGUACACUUGUUCUGAAAAGAAGUGCUUUGGAGCCUGGGGGGAGGCUAAAUAAGUCAAGAGAAAAUCUAUCAACCUUGUCUAUUGUCUGCAGCACAACUAAUAACCUUUAUUUUAAUUUUAAAAAAACGUUUAGAUUUUAUUUAAACUGUGGUUAUUUGUUCUGCUGGAUUUUAAUUGCCAGCGAUAAGUGAAACGUGAUCGCGAUCGUGGUGACCGAGUAUUUUAAAAAGACUUUUCAAGGUUUUAUUUAUUGUGGUAAUUAUUUAUUCAAAAGUUAAUAGCCAGUAAAAUUCCGGAUCCAUUUAAUUGCUAUUUUUGACAUCAAGAAUGGAGGCUACGGCAAAACAUGAUUUUACAGCAACAGCUGAGGACGAGUUGAGUUUUCGUAGAAAUCAAGUUUUAAAGAUUCUUAAUAUGGAAGAUGAUAUGAAUUGGUACAGAGCUGAGUUGGAUUCAAAGGAAGGUUUGAUACCUAGUAAUUACAUUGAGAUGAAAAAUCAUGAUUGGUACUAUGGUCGGAUAACGAGAGCUGAUGCAGAAAGACUGCUCUCUAAUAAACACGAGGGUGCCUUUCUGAUAAGAAUCAGCGAGAGUUCUCCCGGAGACUUUUCAUUAUCUGUCAAAUGCUCUGACGGAGUCCAACACUUCAAAGUCCUGAGAGACGCGCAGGGUAAAUUUUUUUUGUGGGUCGUAAAGUUCAGUAGCCUUAACGAAUUAGUUGAAUAUCACCGCACGGCAUCGGUGUCACGUUCUCAGGACGUUAAGCUGCGUGACAUGAUACCAGAAGAGUGUUUAGUACAAGCGCUGUAUGAUUUUACGCCACAAGAACCCGGUGAACUUGAGUUCCGGAGAGGUGACGUUAUCACCGUUACAGAUCGCACGGAUCAGCACUGGUGGCAUGGGGAAAUCGGAAAUAGACGAGGAUUAUUUCCUUCAACUUAUGUUACACCUUAUCAUUCUUAGAUUAUUGUUGUCAACAUCCAUAACGGACCAUAAUCGCCUCUAUCAUGUACAGACAGAAUCAGAUAAGCUGCUAAAAUAAUCAUACAUUAUUUUCUCAUCGCGUGGGCUACUUUUUAUUUUUCAAGAGGAAAAAGAACUUGAGGAAAAAUAAAGUUGCGGAAAAACAAAAAAAUUAUAAAAUAAAAAAAAAUAAAAUUGACUUGAUUUUCAUAUGCCAUUCUGUUGCCAUUCAUGUCAUUAUUAGCUUAUAAAAAUUAUUAUACAUGUAUAAUAUCUGAUAAUAAUUAUUACUCCAUUAACUAUUACUAUUAAUAUUAAUUAUAAUUAUAAUUAUUAAUUACUUAACGUAUUAUAGUAUCCGUUUCUGUCCCAUAAGUUGCUCAUCACCAUAACGAUUUCAAUAGUUGAAAAAAAACUAUUUUGUCGUAGUGUAAUAAUAAUAAAUUUUGUACUUUUUUAUGUACGGACAAGCGGAAUGAAAAUUAAUAAUUUUUUUUCUUUUUUUUUAUAUCUAUUUUUACUCGGUAAUUUUAGCGUGUAAUUUAUUAUUAAUUAACACAGCGUAUCUUUAAUUAUUAUUAUUAUUUUAAAAUGUGAUUAUAAAUAUUGUUAUGACAGUAAAAUGAAGAAAAUUGAUGUAUGUAGCCCACCAUGAGUCUUAACUUGGCUUUUGUGUUGCAAUUAAAUUAAAUAUAUAAAGUACAUAGCUCGA